AUGAAGAUUCUUGUCGGAAUAAAGAGAGCUCUUGACUAUGCCAUAAAAUCAAGGGUUCGUGCUGAUGGGAAAUGGAUGGAGACAAAUGGGCUCAAGCAUUCCAUAAAUCCAUUUGACGAAAUUGCGCUUGAAGAGGCUCUUCGCAUCCGAGAAAAAGGGCAAAAUUCGCAUCAAAUUACGGUGGCCAGCUGUGGAGGGCAGAAAUCAAUGGAAACCAUAAGAUCAGCCUUAGCAAUGGGAGCUGAUAAAGGAAUAUUAAUAGAUUCAGAUAAAGAGGGGUCGGUUUCCCCUAAUGACGGUUGGCUGUUUAUUUGUUUAUGGCUAGGAACGCUUCAGCCCCUCACGGUGGCAAAAGCAUUGGCAAAAAUAGCAAGUCGAGAAAAAUCCGACCUGAUACUUUUGGGGAAACAGGCAAUUGAUGACGAUGCCGGCCAAACGGGGCAAAUGUUAGCGGGGCUUCUUGGAUGGCCACAAGUAACCUUUGCUUCGGAAAUAAAAUUUUCCGACUCUGGAGACGUAAACGUGACUUCAGAGAUUGACGGGGGUCUUCAAGAAGUUAAGCUAACGCUCCCUGCUGUCAUCACGAAAGCGAAAAAGAAACCGAUAGAAGUGGUUUCGAUUGAUGAAAUUCUUCCGGAUCGCUCUGAUAUAAAGCCUCGUUUGGAGAUCCUUGAUGUUAGCGAUCCUCCCCCAAGGCCCUCUGGGCGGAAGGUUGAGUCGGUGGAUCAGCUGUUGGACUUGCUUCACAAGGAAGCGAAAGUUCUUGAAUUUCAUUGA